AUGCCCGGCCCGCCACCACCCCCACCCCCACCUCCGCCCCCUCCUGCCGCGCCCCCACCUCCUAUGGGUGGAGGCGGGGGUGGAGGCCCAGCUUUUUUGGCGGACAUUCGGAAAGGCGCUGUGCUGAAGAAGGUGCCCGAGUCGCAGAAAAAUGAUCGUAGCGCUGCUCUCGUUUGUAAGUAUACAUUUCCCCUUGUAUUUUGUAAAAAACAAGACUGA